GUCAUCUGUCAUUCUCUCAACUUUCAACAACAAAAACGAAAACAAAAUUCUUGUUUUCUUUUCUAUUUUCGGUUAAACUUCUGUAAUAUUCUUCUUCGAAUAACCCUAAACUCUCGAUAUUAUUUAUUUUGUAAACACUCAAAUAAACAUAAGUUAAAAAUGUUCAAUUCCAUUAAAAAGUACAUCUCAAAUCUUUACUUCCAAUACGAAAUGGUGACAUGCAUCUAUAUGUUCGAGCCCUGGGAAAAGAGACUCAUAAACGGAUUCUUUCUGUUCAUUUUGGCGCUUUUCACUUUCUCCAGCAUUGUAUACUUACCUAAGUACAUUGAGACGUUUGUGCAGUUUCUAUCGCCUCUUCCGCCCUCCACUGGCUACAGUCCCACUUACCAGGCCGAGAAGAUGUCCAGCAGUAGAUAAAAAGAUUCUAGAUCCAGCACUGCACUUGGACUUGAAUAGUCGAGGAGAUGAAGACGAAGACGGUAGCGACAGCGUAAGCUGAGUCACUCAAAAAUGCAGUGUUUCGAAAGACUGUUUGCAUAGUUUGUAAGAAAAGGUUUUUAAGGUUAUACUCGUAAUAAAUAUAAAUAACAAACGGACACACAAAAAUUAAAUGAAUCUAGAAAAAUAGAAAUGUAGAAAUUUAAAUUUGUAUUUGUACCUUCUUGUCUCAUUUUUGUGGCUUUGUUUCUCAUAAAAUGCUUAAAAUAGAUUAUCUUAUUUUAAUGAAUACACAGAUAAA